UAAUGAUAAAGUAUGUCAAAUUAAGUGCAUAAUUAUAUUCAAAUAAAACUCUUUAUGUAAAUACUCAAAUAAGUAGGUCAUAUAAAAUAUCUACAUGUACAAAGUGAAAGCAUAGAAUAAUAUACUAGAUAUGCAAAGCCAGUGAAGUUAUUUUGAACUUAACAAUUUCUUGGAUUUGAAACAAAGCUGGUUUGCGAGUGUUUAGACAAGUGUCAAAGCUGGAAACGUCAUACAAAAUGGUUUCACACUCCGCUAUUUACGAAGCGCGUGCCUCUAAAACACGUUCAUUGCUUACUCUUAUGAUUGGUUUUCUCAUCGGUUUUUGCCUGGCUCAAAUUAUAUCCUACAUAACCAUAUCUGAAGGCAUCAAAUCUAACAACAUCUUGGCUAGCAGCGAACCCCUUAUCCAGCACAAGGAAGCCGAAGAUAUAAUAGCAGAUUUCCAUGUGAUUAAGCACGAGCAUCCAAACGAUGAUUCUUCGCUGGCCGAUAAGCUAAAGAAGGAGGUGCGUGUGCUCUGCUGGAUUAUGACAAAUCCUAACAAUCACAAAAAGAAGGCUCGCCAUGUCAAACGAACCUGGGGCAAACGCUGUAAUAUUCUUCUAUUCAUGAGCUCCGGAGCGGAUGAUGAGCUACCCACGGUGAAGUUGGAUGUGGGAGAGGGUCGAGAGAAUCUUUGGCGCAAAGUUAAGGAGGCAUUUAAGUAUGUGUACAAGCAUCAUUACAACGACGCGGAUUGGUUCUACAAGGCAGAUGAUGAUACCUAUGCGGUUGUCGAGAAUUUGCGCUAUAUGCUAUAUCCGUAUAAUCCCGAGACACCCGUUCAUUUUGGCUUCAAGUUCAAACCCUUUGUGAAGCAGGGUUACAUGUCGGGAGGAGCAGGUUAUGUGCUGAGUAGGGAGGCACUGCGGCGAUUUGUUGUUGACGGCAUACCCGAUCCCAAGAUGUGUCUACAAGAAACCGUCAUCAACGAGGAUAUUGAAAUUGGAAAAUGCAUGGAGAAUCUAAAUGUGACUGCAGGCGAUUCCCGUGAUACAAACGGACGCGGUCGCAUGUUUCCCUUUGUGCCUGAGCAUCAUUUAAUACCCAACAAAGACAAAGAGUUUUGGUAUUGGAAUUAUCUUUUUUACAAGACGGAUGAUGGUCUCGAUUGCUGUUCGGAUAAUGCCAUUUCAUUCCACUAUGUGGGCCCAAAUCUGAUGUAUGCUCUAGAUUAUUUAAUCUAUCACCUAAAACCCUAUGGAGUGGUAAGAACACAGCAACAGUUGCCAGCUAAGCUGAAAGUGGGCGAGUUCCUUCCGCCGCCAAAGGAGGAGCCCGCCAACAGCAACGAGGAUUCCAUCAAUGAUGAGGACAGGUUGGCGAAUACAACAAUUGUAACUCCGACAGAACCUGAUGCGAGAGAAGUCAAUUCGAAGGAAGCCGAUUUAGAAGAGAAAAAGGGGCCGAAGGAGAGCUCAAAAAUGGUAACAGAACUUAAAAAACUGUCAAGUGAAAUAAAAAAACUUGAAUAUUUAAAUGAUCUAUAUACAGAAGAACAUAAGAGCAAAUAAAAACCCU